AUGCAUCACUAUAAACUGAAGCUUGCCGCCUUUUUGGCGUGGGCGGCAACAGUUACCUGUCGAGGUGUCCCUGCCCCCAGUCACGAGGCCCGUGAGGAUUGCCCAGCAGGUAGUGUGAACUACACACAGCUGGCGAAGAAGCUCUCGAGGACUGCUCAGAUCUACCUGUCAGGCUCCGACGCGUUCGAUGCCGCUGUGGCUCGCUGGUCCAACCUGAGCACCCCCGUAGCAAACGUCGUGGUUGUUCCCAGCACCGAACAUGACGUUGUCGAGACGGUCAACUUCGCAAACUGGCACUCGCUGCCUUUUCUCACCACCAAUGGCGUGCAUGGAUCAAUCACCACGCUGGGGAAAAUGAUCCAUGGCAUCGAAAUCCAUAUGAGCCAGCUGAACAGCAUCGCGAUCGCCAAAAAUGGGAAAACGGCCACCAUUGGCGGUGGAGUCAUGUCCAAGAACCUCACCGACGCGCUCUGGGCGGCAGGAAAACAGACAGUAACUGGAACAUGUGAAUGUGUUAGCUAUCUGGGUCCUGGCCUCGGAGGUGGUCACGGAUGGCUUCAAGGUCGCUACGGACUCGUCUCGGACCAAUUCGUCUCAAUGAAUGUCGUCCUGGCCAACGGCAACUUGAUCACAGUCGAUAAGAACUCCGAACUCUUCUGGGCAAUGAAGGGCGCCGGUCACAACUUUGGCAUCGUCACUUCCAUGACUUCAAAAAUCUAUGACAUUCAGCACCCCAACUAUGCCAUGGAGACGCUCAUCUUCAGUGGCGAUCAGGUCGAGGCUGUCUACAAAGUCGCCAAUGAGCAGUGGCUUACAAACGGCAAAACCAUGCCCGUGGAUCUCAUCAACUGGUCGUAUUGGUAUUUCGAUCCUACCACUGAUCCGGAUAAGCCCGUUAUCGCAAUGUAUCUCAUCCAAGAAGGAGUAAAUGCAGUCGAUGCAGCUUACACGAAGCCGUUCCUUAAACUUGGACCCAUCACCACCCAAGCUUUGUCGGGAACUUAUCGCGACUUAGCUGCAUGGACCGGCAUUUCUCUUGAUGCUACGCCCUGCCAGAAGACCGGAAACGCCAACCCACGCUUCCCCAUCUAUCUCAAGUCUUACAACACCACAGCUCAGGGACUGGUGUACGAUCUUUUCAGGCAAGCCACUACAAAUGCAUCCAGUCCCUUCAGUAAUUCGCUCUUCAUGUUCGAGGGCUACUCCCAGCAAGGCGUGAAAGCGAUCCGCGAAGAUGCGUCGGCCUUUGCCUAUCGGGAAGACAAUCUUCUCGUCGCCCCACUCCUUACGUACACGCCCAACGGGCCGGGACUCGACGAGGUUGCCUCCAAGCUUGGAAAUCAGAUUCGCCAGAUUCUCUACGAGGGCAGUGGAGAGACCAGUCUAAACACGUAUGUCAACUACGCCUACGGUGAUGAAACGCCGCUGGCGUGGUACGGGAGCGAUGCAUGGCGCCAGAACCGCUUGCAUGCUUUGAAGAGGAAUUUCGAUCCAAUGGGCAAGUUUAGCUUUUACGCACCAAUUGCAUAG